AUGAAGCUUGUUUCUUUCAUACUUAUGCUUACUGUAGUAUUACUGGAAGCAAAACUAAACUUCUGGGGAGAUUCAGUAUUCUCUCGAAAAACAGUAUUUAAUUAUUUAUUUUCUAAGAAUUACGAUACGGUAGUAAGAGUGAGAAAGCCAGAAGAAGUCAUAACUACAGUGAACAAUGUAACUACAUUGGAUUUUAUUGGUUUAGUAGAGAAAAACGGUUACUCCGCCGAGGAACAUUAUGUUAUAACAGAAGAUGGUUAUAUCUUGAUACUACAUAGAAUAUUGAAAAAUCCUUUGUUUAAAGGUCAAGGAAGUAGAAAAGUUAUAUUUCUUCAACAUGGUAUACUGUCCACAUCUGAUACCUGGGUAUUAAUCGGUGCUGGCAAAGACCUUGCAUUUUUAUUGGCUGAUAAAGGAUAUGAUGUAUGGCUUGGGAAUUUUAGGGGAAAUGCUUAUUGCCGAUCACAUAUAAAAUUAUCUCCACAAAAUAAGGAAUUUUGGCAAUUUAGUUAUCACGAAAUGGCAACAAGAGAUCUACCAGCUAUGAUCGAUUAUGUACUUAAUUAUACAAAACAAAAAACUAUAUAUUACAUCGGUCAUUCGAUGGGAACUACCGUUUUAUUUACUUUACUAUCCAUGAAACCCGAAUACAAUGCAAAAAUAAAACUGGGAAUCUGCCUUGCCCCGAUCGCCAUAUGGAAAGAAAUAGCUCCUGUUAUAGAACAUAUUAUUAGGAAAACGCCAAAGAUUCUGGAAUUUUUUGAGUCUAAUGAAAUAUAUGAGUUAGCCUCCUUAUCAUCAACGAAUAUUAGAAUUGGAAGAACAUUGUGUACAGAUAAAGCAAUUACUCAGGCUGCCUGCAUUGCAACAAUAUUUUUAUUCUCUGGAUCCGAUCCAGCGCAACUUAAUACUACGACAUUACCGGAAAUAUUGUCACAUUAUCCGGCCGGCCUUUCUUUGCAAACAAUGCAUCAUUUUUAUCAAAAUAUCAUUAAUGAGAAAUUUCAAGCCUUCGACAACGGAUAUUUCGACAAUUACAAGAAAUAUGGACAAAUGAUGCCCAUAAUAUACGAUUUAAAAAAAGUUACUGCGCCCUUGGCUUUAUAUUAUUCCGUUAACGAUUUGCUUGCUCCAAAAUCGAAUGUCCUCGAGAUAUACAAGCAGCUGCCGAAUGUUAUCCUGCUGGAGGAAAAUCCAUAUAAAUUAUUCAACCAUUUAGAUUUUUUAUGGGCCAUCGAUGGUAAAACUCUAAUAUAUGACCGUUUAAUAAAAUUACUUCAGGAGUUUGACAAUCAGGAACGAACAAUUAAUGAUGAAUGA